AAGCGUGAAGCAAUUAAAAAAAAAACAACUGUCAAAAGAACCUGUCUACAGAGCAAAUUUAUGAGAUUUUCGUAGUCUAACUGUAUAUGUUUGUACUCAAAAUUAUAUAAACUAUGCCGAAGAAUAAAGGAAAAGGAGGUAAAAACAGGAGGAGAGGAAAGAACGAAAAUGAAACAGAGAAACGUGAACUGGUCUUCAAAGAAGACGGACAAGAGUACGCCCAAGUCACAAAGAUGCUCGGUAAUGGCCGCUUGGAGGCCAUGUGCUUUGAUGGCAUAAAACGUCUUUGUCACAUCCGAGGAAAACUACGAAAAAAAGUUUGGAUAAAUCAAGGAGAUAUAAUACUAAUAGGCUUGCGAGAUUACCAAGACGCCAAGGCUGAUGUCAUCUUGAAAUAUACUCCGGACGAGGCAAGGAAUCUGAAGACGUAUGGAGAAUUCCCAGAGACAGUACGAAUCAAUGAGACAGUGGUCUAUUCUGUAGAUGGUCUGGAUGAGGAUAUUGAAUUUGGUGACGAAGUUAGUUCAGAAGAUGAAGCUGAUGCAGUAGAUGCUAUAUAAAACUUAGCAUUAUUUGUAUCUACAGUAAGUCAAGUCAAUGUAAAUUUGUUUUCUGUUAUGAAUAAACAUGACUAUGUGAUUUUAUAUAUUAGUUUUCGAAAUUAUUUCAAUAUAUACAUAAAUUGUAAACUAUCUAUGUAAUUUAGACCAGCACUAUAAUACCAUGUGGAAGUGUUUCUGGCACUGAAACACCACUUCAUAAUAUUUAUUCCUUUCUCAACUUUAGUAAUAUGAAAUUAUAGCUAAUGAUUAUGCAACAUUCCUUGAAUUAUCCCAUUUGUCACAGGUGAGAAAUGAUUAUCCAAAAUAAGGAAUGUACAUAUACCUACCUAUUAAAUACUUAUACCAACAAGAC